AUGGCUGAGUUGGAGACCUUGCUGAAUAUGAAGACUGCUUCCCUGCAGCUCUGGUUUGCCUUGUCACUUGUCCUCUAUGGUUGGCCCCAGAUUGGACAGGCUCAGUAUCAAAGCCCCCCAGAGGUGACGAUACCCUUGAAAGUAAGCGGCAUGAAGAGUUCAGGCUGGCUCUCCUAUAUCCUGUACUUUGGGGGACAGAGACACAUUAUCCACUUGAAGACCAAGAAGCUUGUACUAUCCAGACAUUUCUCUGUGUUCACCUACACCGAGCAAGGAGCUCUCCUUGAGGAACAGCCAUUUGUUCAGGAGGACUGCUUUUACCAGGGGUAUGUGGAAGGGGACCCAGAUUCCAUGGUGGUUCUUAACACCUGUUUUGGUGGCUUUCAGGGAAUACUACAAAUAAAUGGUAUGUCUUAUGAAAUCAAGCCCAAGAUCCCUUCUGCCACAUUUGAACAUCUGGUUUAUAAGAGAGAGAGGGAUGAGUUACAUUCCCCAGCUAUGAGAUGUGCAUUAACAGAUGAAGAAAUAACACAAAGAUUGCAGUUGCAAGAGAGUGAUGAUUCCAUGAUGAGAAAGAGUGACUCUGAAGGCUGGUGGACCCACAAGUAUUUCAUAAAAGUUGCAUUGUGUGUAGACAAUGGUUAUUUCUUAUAUCGGGAAAGUAAUACCUCAGAGGUGAUAGGGGAUGUGUUUAUCAUCAUGAAUGAAGCAAAUUCCAUUUUUUCAGCAGCAGGUGUUGACCUUUCCUUGGUUGGACUUUAUAUCUGGACUAUGAGGAAUCGUAUAACUAUUAGGAAUAUACAUACCACCCUCACAGAGUUUUGUCAUUUUCAGAUCUAUGAAUUGAAUCUACUUGUGGAAAGUGACACUGCACAUCUUUUGACGAUAACCGAUUUUGCUUUGUAUAAGGGUAAAGCAGAAGCUGCAUCUCUAUGUUCUCUUACGUCUUGUGGAGUAGAACAAAUCUUUAAAAACGAUUUUCUUGCAACUGCACAAACAUUGGUACACAUGAUCUGUCAUACUAUGGGUAUGGAGCAUGAUACAGUUGGCUGUAGUUGUGGAGAGGCAGAUUGCCUAAUGUCUGCAAGCAGAGGAAACUCCACACAUUUUAGCGACUGCAGUUAUGAUUUCAUUACAAAUUUUUUUUUAUUCAAUAGGUGUGGACGAUUUCCACCACCACCAUCAAAAAUAUAUCAUCUUACGUUCUGUGGAAAUCAAGUGGUUGACCAGGGAGAGGAGUGUGACUGUGGAUCCAUAAAAUUGUGUGAUGAAGACCCAUGUUGUCUGGCAAACUGCUCUCUGAAAAUUGGGGCCAAAUGUGCUACUGCACUCUGUUGCCAAGAUUGUCGCUUCAGGCCUGCAGGCACUUUGUGCAGAGAACCGAUCAAUGAUUGUGAUCUGCCUGAAUGGUGUAAUGGAAACACACCCAAUUGUCCACCAGAUGUACAUGUGCUGGAUGGGUCCAUGUGCUCUGAAGCUACAUACUGCUACAACAAGCAAUGUAAUAACCGAGACCAACAGUGUAAGCAGAUUUUUGGCAGAGAUGCCAAAAAUGCAAAUGAGCUCUGCUACCAAAAUAUCAACUCGAGAGGUGACCGCAUUGGAAACUGUGGUUUUGAACCAGAUGGGUACAGAAAGUGUAAUAGUACAGAUAUUCUCUGUGGGAGAGUUCAGUGUGAUAAUGUGCACGAACUUCCCAAAUUGGAAGAUCAUUCCAGUUUACAUUGGACUGAAGUCGAUAAUAUGACUUGCUGGGGCACUCACAUCCACUUUGGAGUGGUCAUAGACGAUGUGGGUGAAAUCAAAGAUGGAACUGAGUGUGGUCUAGAACAUAUGUGUCUCAAUAGGAAGUGCAUCCCUAGAUCACUCCAGGCAAGUGACUGCACAGAAGAAUAUUGCAAUAAGCGUGGCAUCUGCAAUAAUAAACAUCACUGUCAUUGCAACUAUGGGUGGGCACCACCCCAGUGUGAAGAAGCUGGCUAUGGAGGUAGUAUUGAUAGUGGCCCAGCUCCCAAAGAAACUUUUCUUAGCAGACUGCUGAAAAACAAACUUUUCCUACUCGCACUAUUUAUAUUACUAAUCCUCUUAAUAAUCUGUCUGGUCAUUCUGAUUCGGAAGUACAGGGCAGGCAAGAAAGGAGGACCACCUCCAAAAAAAGGUGGAAAGAAGAAAUAA